AUGUACAUUCCUGCAAGUGCCACCAUUGCUAAACGAUCACGCAGGCCAGUUAUGGCAACGAACGCUGCUGGCCAGCUGCAACCCAGUUGCCUCUCUCAUACCAAUGACAAGUCAAGCGUCUUCCGUUUUCUUGUCGAUACCGGUGCUAAGAUUGGUGUCCUCCCGCCUCAUAGGCGUCACCGUCUCAAACCUUCCCAGCUUUCAUUGCAGCCUGCCAACAGCACAUCCAUCAACACCUACGGACAACGCUUGCUCACCCUCGGCAUCGGUCUCCAGCGACGUUUACAGUGGACCGUUUUGCAGUCCGAACUUCAACCAUCUAUCAUCGGGAUGAUCUCCUGUCACAUUCUGGCCUCGCAGUCAACCUGA